AUGCCAGAGAAGAAGCUAUCGCGUCUGCUCCGGACAAAACUGUUACGUCGAUCAUCAGUACCCGUACCCAAACCGGGCAACAGGGCGGAUCCGCAUGUCCACCCGAACUCAACUUCUCACACCUCUGGUCCUCGACUGUUCGACUCCGCCAGCGAAAAAUCCCCCUACAGCAUCGUCUCCUCCACUCAUUCAUCCGAAGAGGCCGGUCCGGGACCUGACUCGCGCGAGAGGCAUCGCCUAAAGCCACGCACAGAGCCUGGCCUAUCGGCCUCGAGGAAGCAAGACUCUCGUCACACGCCUGAGCGUCGUGCACUCACCCCUCCGCCGACCGACCCAAACGCAAUAUCCCCUCGCCACCCCCAGCCGUCCGACGACGCAUCUUUCCAGUCGACGCUUGUCAAAGUGCGAUCCGCGGCUCCCCCCGAACCUUCGCCGUUGACUCCAACCCUUGAUACCGUCGUUGAAGCAGUGCCAGUCGACCAGCAACCUUCUUCCUUUUUUCCGGCAUCCACAAGUAAACGGCCGAGUCUUGCCGUUCGCCGACAAUCUCUUCUCCCCGCAUCACAUCAGCAUCUGAUUAGCGGAUUGAUCGACCGGAAUCCAUUUUCCUCGCAAGGCGAUCUGGGCAUCAGUCUCACCCCCGUAGCUGUUCCCAGCAUGGUUCAGCGACGAAUCUGGGUGAAGCGCCCGGGUGGCUCAGCCACCCUGGUACCAUGUAUGGAAGAUUCUGUAGUCGAUGAGCUGCGCGACCAAGUCAUCAUGAAAUACGGCAACUCGCUGGGGCGGACUUUCGACCCGCCAGACAUCUUGAUACGGAUUCUUGCACGCGAGGGCUCCACUAGAAACUCUUGUCCAGAACGACUCUUAAGCCCCGAAGAAGUCGUGUCAUCCGUAAUUGACGCAUACUACCCCGGUGGUCAAACGAUAGGCGAAGCGUUGAUAAUCGAUGCCCCGUCAAGGCGAACCCCGAAACCAUCACCGCGCGUAUUACACCAUCAUCAUUCUGAACCGGGCGAGCAUGGCGACUAUUUCCCCCUCAUGCCGACCAACCCCAAAGCUCCUACGCCGCCUACACAUUCGAAUUCGGGAGGAGCCAACGCCCCUUCUAUUUCGAUUCUCAAAACGGGCCCAUCCCCUCACAGCCAAGCUCCUCCUAUACCAUCGCCUCAAAAUGCCCCAACUCCCCCCGUACCAGCUGCUGAAUCUCCAGCGGUCAAUAAUCACACCCCGCCUGCUCCUGUAGCAUCACCAAGGUCUCUCCGGAAGCCUAAGGGGGCAGUCUCGCCAGGGGCCGUCUUUGGCGGUCUCAUCGAUGGGACCGUUCCGCCAAUUAACGUUCUCAUUGUUGAGGAUAACAUCAUUAACCAAAAGCUGCUGGAAGCUUUCAUGAAGCGUCUUAGCGUGCGAUGGAAAUGUGCAGCGAAUGGCGAAGAAGCUGUACGAAAAUGGAGACAAGGCGGGUUUCACUUGGUCCUCAUGGAUAUCCAGCUGCCUGUUAUGAACGGCCUGGAUGCUACCAAGGAAAUCCGCCGUUUGGAGCGACUGAAUGGGAUAGGUGUGUUCUCAAAGACCGCAAAUGGCCGCUCUAGCGCCUCGAGUGCCACCAAUUUAUCUCAAAAGAGACCUGGACUCCAGCGCUCUGUCAGCGAGGAGGAUACUUUGGGCGACCUUUCGCUUUUCCGGAGCCCGGUAAUCAUUGUAGCAUUGACCGCGAGCAGUUUGCAAAGUGAUCGUCAUGAGGCUUUAGCUGCCGGUUGUAAUGAUUUCCUGACUAAGCCUGUGGGAUUCCCAUGGCUGUCACAGAAAGUUACGGAAUGGGGCUGCAUGCAGGCAUUGAUCGAUUACGAAGGCUGGCGCAAAUGGCGUGGAUUCCUGGAUUCCCCACGGUCCACAUCCCCCAGUUUUGACAGUGCGUCUAGUCCCAUGCAAGGCGGUAACCAAUACUCUCCAUCUCACUCAGCCGAAUCACCGUCUGUAUCUCGAAAAUCCCACGUGCCAAAAAGUCGCGUCAAGAGGCCCCAUCUCCCUGAAGCUGCCGAGGUUUUGCGGGAAGAUUCAUGGGGUAGCGGCAGUGGCAGUGGCAGUGUUGAGACCCCCGAUGAUGAGUCUCCUCUUGUGACGGCGGAUACCGACAAACCAGUCGAAACCACGUCUACUCCUGCCGACAGCCAAUAA